UAAAUUUUUUUUCCUGGAAUUUGAAUCUACCCAACGCCCCCUGAUAUCAUUCCGUUUACCUUCCGGCGCUGAAUUCAAAUGAACCAAAAGGGGAAACUCUCUCAUUAAGUUGUUUUCUGUUUUUCUUCUUCCAAACUACUUUCGAUGGCUGCUGGUAGCAUUGGGUGUUAGCUUCGAAUGAAAAUGAUGAAUGCGAUAUUAUACUCAAUUCAAAUUUGGCGGUAACAAUUUCGAAAAACUUUGAAAGGGCGGUGGACGACAGUCAGUUACUUCUGGCUUGAUUCAUCAUGUGAUGGCUCUUGACAACUCUGAAAAUCCCGAAAGUAAAAGUUGAAAUCUUUAGAAAAAUAUAUUUUUCAAGGAUUUUUAAAAAAAGUUGUUUUUCUGCUUAGGAAAAAAAAAAGAUGCGCGAAAGAAAAAGUUGGGAAAUGUUAUUCUUGUUGUAGAGACUUUUUGGCGUCGCCAGAGUUUUUUGGGCGACGUGCUGCUGUGCGAGGUUUUUUGGUGGUGGUGGGAGGGGAAGCAGACUCUCAGCCUCUUCUAUUCCGUUGGCAGUCCAACAGCGAACGUGCCACCGUGCAGUCGCGUGUUUGAACGAUCCCUCCCAACAUAUUUUCGUUAGUGUGUUGUUUGUUUGUUUGUCGGUUACAUACAAUUCGGUUCAAGUUUCGCUUUCUUUCUCUUCAAGACAUUCCGAGCGAGCGGUUGAAUCCAUCGUUUGGCUGUCUCAUUCAAUGUGACAACGAAACCGGAAGAAGGAAUUUCCUGCAUCCAGCGGACAAACAUACAAACAAUCCAAAAAAGAUUAGCUCAUCUAUUCCUGUCGCGCCGUCGCUAUCCGCACCAUACACCAAACAACAACAACAAUGAGGUGCUAAUACACAGCUGCUGGGCUGCCGGAUUCCUUCUGCUGCUUCCGCCAGUGUGUCUGUGUGUCUAUUUGUGCGGAUAUCUGAAACUGAUCCGGUAUUCCGUCGAAGACUGGCCGGCUUCAAUUACUACGUGAUCCAUUUAUACAAACAGUGGACAACAAUAAAUCCCCACCACCAAUAGGAAAAAACUUAGUUCAUUUAAAGUUAAUUCCUUUCCCGCCGACCACACCUGGCGCUCGCUAUUUGAAAAAUUCACGACUGACGCCCUUUGACUUUUAUCGGCGACUGCACUUAAAAUUUCUAAAAAUACCGACUGCUAUAGACAAAAAGAUUUUUAAACAAAAUUGUACCCGCGGGCUGUGUGUGAUGCUUUGAUAUCAAUUCCCAAUGACCGGGAUCACGACGGAAGAUUUGGUGCUGCGUCUGCGUGAACUCUUGCUCCAGGAGGCUCUUCAGCUCCAGGAGGCGGCCAGUCACCCGCAAGGCGAAACAGUCGCAUCCGGAUCUCAAUCCAACUCGGAUCUGUGGCAAACGGCCGCCGCCACGGCCGUCACGGCCGUCACUUCCGUCAUGAACGGUAGCAACCAUUUCCAGACGGCGGCCGCCCGUUCGACGCCCACAGUAGCCGGACAUCACCUCCACCACCACCACCACACCAACGGCAGCAGCAGCAGCCACAACAGCAACAGCAGCAACAGCAUCAGUCAGGCUAUCCUCACUGUCCUCCAGGGCAUCCGCCCCCGUCAUCAGAAUAACUCACGCACCUCUCAGUUGGAUUGGGUGAGCGAUGAUCAGCAGCACAAUCCAUCGGUGUGGAACUCGGCCAACUGGACGUUUCCAGACUUGGAUCUGACAUCUUUCAUGGAGGCGGACAUGGAUGGACUGGGCUCCAGCGGAUCAGACGGUUCGUCGUCGUAUCAACAGCGUAGCAGCGCCGGAUUGAGAACUGCCAUCAUCGCCACCGCCUACGCCCUGGUGAUGGCAAUUUCACUUUUCGGCAAUUUGCUCGUCUGCUACGUCGUGUUCCGGCACAGGAGACUCCAGCGCAGCAUCACCUACACAUUCCUGGUGAAUGUGGCCCUGUCUGACCUUCUCAUGACUUGCCUCAAUAUCCCGUUCAGCGUCUCCAGAGUCCUGCUGGAUCACUGGCCAUUUGGCCAAUUCCUCUGCUCCCUGGUGCCGUUCGUUCAAGUCAUGAGCGUCUACGUUUCGUCGCUGACUAUGGCCGCUAUCGCCGUCGACCGCUAUCGGGUCAUUUUGACGCCCUUGAAGCGUCGAUUGAGGCCCCCGCACGGCCUCAUCAUUAUGGCGAUUCUCUGGAUCUUGGCCUCGAUGGCAGCCCUGCCCUACGCUCUCUACAGCGAGGUCGUCCCCAUUUUCACCUAUAGGCCUCUGAGACGGUGCCAAGCCAGAUUUCCAACUCCGGCGCUGGAAUUUCGGCGAUAUUUGACAUUGAUCACCUUCGCCACCCAGUACGUCAUCCCACUGGGCAUUUCCGGACUGGCCUAUGGAGCUAUCGUCCGACGAUUGUGGAUGAGAUCUUUUGUCGGAGCGGUUACGGAUAACCAACGAGUGCGGCAGGAUCGCGCCAAACGCAAAACAAUUCAAAUGUUAUUAGUGGUCAUAUCGCUGUUUGCCCUUUGUUGGUUGCCACUGAAUGUUUACCAUUUGGUGAGUGACGUCGGAGCUUCAGAGUCGGCCACACGGCACAACUCGACGGCCUUUUUGGUUUGUCACUGGCUGGCAAUGUCAUCCGUCUGUUACAACCCAUUCGUCUACUGUUGGCUCAACGCCAAUUUUCGCGACGCCGUUCAAACCUGCGGACGGCUGUGCAUGCGCAGCGUUUGGUUUCGACGCAAUCAGCGCAAACAACAGCCCAGCAUCAUCAUGCACAACACGACGACGGCCGUACUUCACCAACAACAUCAAGAGUCGACAUCUAACACCAUCACCGGCCUCAUCAUCACCACGAAUCCGGCCAGCCGGCCACAGAACUCGAUCGACUCGGUCCAGCUAAUUGAGCAGCUCGAAUUGCUCGUGCCGGAUAACCCGACACAGUUAACCAUCAACGAGGAAACUUCCCUGGUGUAAUAAAAGUUUUCUUUAACUAUAUUAUAAAAAUAUUUACAUGAACUAAAUUUUUAAUGAGAAUUUGUUUUUCUUCAAAAAAUUGUUUUAUGUAUAAAAUUCAUCAACCACAGUUUUUCCCUUUUUCGUGUGUACAAUAACUCAAUAGAACAUUUCGUUUUCCAAUUUUAAAUUA